AUGGGCAUAGACUACAUCAACGCCAACUUCACAGGUCUCGACGACUUGGCGUCUGUCUCUUCGAAACUAGACCAUCUCAACAAGCUCCGUCAUUCCAUCAAGAAUGCUGUAGACGUGAAAGUUGGCGAUACUGAAUCUGCAUCAACCUCUUCGUUCUCUGUAGACUCUGAAAAAUUGAACCUGUCCAUUGACAAGAUCAUUUCCGUGUUGGACUAUUCACUGGAAACCACUGAUUUGGCCGAUGCGCUUGCCAACAUCGACGCCUUGAUUCUCGAGUUUGGUUCUCUUGACUUUCUCACGAAAUUGCGGAACCAAUUGGCAGAAAAGAUAUCCGUUCAGAAGUCGAUCAAGUUGCUUCAUGAAGCUAAUGAUGUCCACCAACAGCUUACUUCGGCAUUAUCGAUAACUGAACUCGCAGACAUUGCCAAAAAGGUCAAGCUAUCAAUCCCCGUGGACGAUCCUGUUUCAGAUCAGUUGUUGGAGAUCUUGAAUACUAAAGUAGAAAUGUUGGUAAGUGAAAAGAGAAACUCUAUACAACCUAAAUUUUCAAAGCUACUCCACGAUUCUAACUGGUUACAGUCGAAUUCGGAUAUAAGCACUAUUCCCUCAGCUACUCUCAACGCUAUCAAUAGAUACGUGAAUGAUUUGGUCGAUUUGCAAUCGAUCUUAGACCCUCCACUGUAUCCUUCGACAUGGUGGGCCCUUGAUAUCUUGUUAGAGCCAAUAAUAACCAGGUUCAACUACCAUUUCAACACUCCGCACAUGGAGACUAAUAAGAUAUCCAAGCCCGAAUGGGCUCUUGACUUCAUCGAGAAGUUCCUCUCGGAUAACUUAGCUCUUUUGAACUUGGUUGUAGAACAUAUCUUCAAGUUGUGCCACAGAAUAGCGACAUUUGAAAUCAUCACGACGUUGUUGAACCCAUUGCGAGAAAAGAUCUUGUCGUCUAUCAAGGUUUUGAAUGCCAACAUCGACAAAUAUCUGGAACAGCCUGUGAACCUCGAAAAGAGCGGAAGACUUUUGUCCCAUCUCAUUUUUGAGUUAUCAUCCUUCGAUCAAAGACUUCGUAAUAUUUACAAAUACAAUCCGUACAUAGAGAAUCUUGCCCAGGCUCCUUCCAAGAAGUGGACUGGUCUUACCGGAGAUGUUAUGUUACGCGGGAACGACGAAAGUUUGGCUGUGACGAACUGGUUGAACUUUGAGAAACAGUUGGCCAACAAAAGAUUCAAUAGUGAAAUUCUCAACUCUGACGAUGCGUUCAGGAUUGAUUUCGAUUACCAAGGCUCUUUCGAUGAAGACGACAGUGAAGUGGUAAAGAAUGUUAUCAAACCAACCUAUUCAGCAUAUGCCAUCGUAAAGUUGUUCGACAACCUCAGUAGUCAUUUCCAGACGUUGAGUAUUGUUAAAUACCAAUUGAAGUAUGUAUCGUCGAUUCAGCUUGAUUUGCUAGACAAAUAUUUUGAGAGAUUAGACAAGAUGCGUAAAGAGUUUAACAACAGCUUUAACCAGAAAGCUAUGUUGAACCUUAUCCCUGGUGGUCUCAACGAAAAGAAUGUAAGAGAGGUGAAUACCGAUACUGUCAAGCUUGGAAUGGCCAAUCUUCAGACAAUCUCGGAACUCUUCUGUCUGGCCAAGUUCAUCAGCAAUGCCUUGGAACAAUGGAGUGAAGAGUUGAUCUUCAUUCAACUAUGGGAAGCUUUCAAGAGCGUCUCUAAAGAUGCUGGACUCAGCAUAUUUGAUGGAACUAUCAGACAGUACGAUUCACUUGUAGAGAAGCUGUUGGUAUUGUACGAGGAGUUCUUCCGAAAAGAAAUCAGAACUUCUUUGAAAAACUAUGUCAAUUCCAGCCAAUGGAAUAUUUCUUCCAAUGAAGCACCCGAAGUUCCCCAGGAAUUGAUCGUUUUGGGUAAUAACCUACUCACAUACUUGGACUAUGUAAAACGUACCAUGUCAAAGUUGGACUACUUCCUUGUUUCAGACCGGGUGGUGUCGUUGAUCUCCAUUAUCUUGACAGAAUACAUUGUUACCAACAACCAGUUCAGCAAGGAUGGAGCUGCACAAUUGAAAUUUGAUUUUGAGUAUAUCGUCAGUGAGUUGAGAGAUAGUUUAUAUCUUGAAGGGGAUAAAACUGAGCUUUCUAAUAGUCUGAACCAUGAUUUCUUGCGUUUGAGCCAAUCGGUGGAAUUCCUCUCAAAACUUGAUGCUGCUACUGCCAAACAGUACCAGAGAAAACAGGAACAGUUCCAAGAAUUGAGAGACCAGUUUGCGGACGGAUUGGAAGCAUUGUCCAAUCAUAACAUAGGUGACUUGCUCUUGAGAAUCGUAUAA